AUGGCUUACCUUUGGUCCUGUCUCUGUAUAGCAGCCAUCGCAAGUUCCUGGAUUGGACGGGCAUACGGGUCUACCCAAUAUUGCCACAAUGACGCCAGAAUACCAGUACACUUCUGUGUAGCGGUCCAGACUUCGCAGAAUGCCUCAACCUCUUCGACCGAUCUUUACCUGACCUUUGGAUACAGCAGAAGCUCUUACGGUGGUUGGACGGCUGUGGGACUGGGGAAUGAAAUGCUAGGUGCACUCAUUUUCGCUGUCUACGCCGAGACGUCUUCCAACAGCACUCCCAUAGUCAGCCCACGAUAUGGCAGAGGGCAUUGGGAGCCAAAAGUCUCUGAAGAACUACCAUAUAUUCAAACCCUGAAGGCGUCAUCCAACCACAGUGGCUGGAUUGAGGCCAGCAUCGCAUGCUAUAGCUGUGAUAACUGGGUCACGGUUGAUACUUCAGCCACGGAUCAGCCUUGGAUAUGGGCCACCAAUAAUCUUCUGGAGAUGACGGAAGUUUCUAUCCAUUCCAGCCUAAGCUACCAUCAGUUCUAUGGGCACUUCACUACGAACAGGGAUGAUGCUCUGGAGAACCCGAAAGACAUAGCCAUACCUGUGAUUGAUUUUAACCGAGGCGACGACAGCAGCGCGACAGGGACGCAGGAGAACUCAUCUAGCUCCGGCACGUCUUUCGGCCCCCAUGGAACCCUCAUCGCAAUAGCGACGAUGCUUAUAUACCCUUCUGGGGCCAUAGCAAUCCGUACGAGAGGGAAAUAUUCAUUCCACUGGCAUUCAGGCCUCCAAGCACUAGGAACAGUUAUGGCUAUCUAUGGCAUAGUGGGCCUUAUAAUCAACGCUGACCAGCCGAUCGGGCUGGGAAUCGCUCAUCAUCGAUCACUCCUUGUGUCUGAGCCGGCGAGUAAUAUUGCAUCUUCUCAUGUAGUUAUCGGCAGGAUAAUUGUCGUUGGCGGUGCUUGCAUUUCUUUAAUCGGCCUGGCUCAAGAAGGAGGAUCUAAGUCUAUCAUGGGAGUGACUACGGCGGUGGCUAUAGCAGAUAUUGCCAUGGUAUUUCACAUUUCUUACCGAUUUUUACGGGACGACUCAAAAGGCGAGGAAUCGCAAUACGGCGAGGUCAACCAAGUCUUGAUGGACGAUGUAGGAGACGGAGUUGAUGAGUAA